UCCCAAUCCUACCCGUCUCACAAACCAAACCCACUCCUUUUUCAAUUAUUAUUUUAUUUUCUAUUUUAGGUAAUUUCUUACAACGCCGCCUAUAAAUACCACCAAACACACAUCUUCAAUCAAAUCCUCCAUUAAUUUAUCUUCCGUUACAUUUCAAACGCUCUCACAAGAUAACCGAAAAAAACACAAUUAACACAUCAAUGGAAAAUCUCACUUUCUAAUCGAUCUAUAACAACUGAAAAAAAAAUUAAGACAAAAAAAAAUCAUUUCUUCUUGAAACCCUAGAGAGAGAAAAACUCGGAACCAUGUCCGAUGCGUUUUGCAGCGACUGCAAGCGAGCGACGGAGGUGGUGUUCGACCACUCCGCCGGCGAUGCAGUCUGUUCGGAGUGUGGUCUCGUCUUGGAAUCUCACUCCAUCGAUGAAACCUCCGAGUGGCGAACCUUCGCCAACGAAUCCGGUGAUAACGAUCCCGUUCGUGUCGGUGGUCCCAGUAACCCUCUCCUUACCGAUGGUGGUCUCUCCACCGUCAUUGCUAAGCCUAACGGUGCUUCCGGUGAUUUUCUCUCGUCUUCUCUCGGCCGUUGGCAGAAUCGCGGUUCUAAUCCCGAUCGUGGAUUGAUCCUUGCGUUCAAAACUAUUGGUACUAUGGCUGAAAGGUUGGGACUGGUUCCGACCAUCAAGGACCGAGCUAAUGAGAUAUAUAAGCGGGUUGAAGAUCAGAAGUCUAGCAGGGGAAGAAAUCAGGACGCAUUAUUGGCUGCUUGCCUCUACAUUGCUUGUCGACAAGAAGACAAGCCACGCACCGUAAAGGAAAUUUGCUCAAUUGCCAAUGGAGCCACCAAGAAGGAAAUUGGCCGCGCAAAAGAAUACAUAGUGAAACAACUGGGUUUGGAGAAUGGCGGUCAAUCUGUUGAAAUGGGAACAAUUCAUGCUGGGGACUUUAUGAGACGAUUUUGUUCUAAUCUUGGUAUGAAUCAUCAAGCUGUUAAAGCUGCUCAGGAAUCUGUUCAGAAAUCCGAAGAAUUUGAUAUAAGGAGAAGUCCCAUAUCAAUUGCUGCAGCAGUUAUAUACAUCAUUACUCAGCUCUCAGAUGAUAAAAAACCUCUCAAAGAUAUAUCAGUUGCUACAGGAGUUGCAGAAGGAACCAUUAGGAACUCAUACAAGGAUCUCUAUCCCCAUGUUUCAAAGAUAAUACCAAACUGGUAUGCAAAGGAAGAGGAUCUGAAGAACCUUUGCAGCCCUUGAAACAAAACAGUACCGGUGAUGUUAAACAACCUAGAUGUCAUUGAAAGUUGAAAUUGCUGUAUUAGAUUUAUUGAACUUUUGUAUACUUUUUGUUUGAAAUGAAAGCGUCUCGUAAUAACUAUAAUUAUUUUGAAAUGAAAGCCUCCUCAUUCAAGUAUUUAGGGGAGACUGGAGAGUGGAGAGGUACCAUAUUCAUAGAUAUAAUCACCUCGCUAGACCUUGAUGAAAAGAUAAUACUUUUAUCCUAUAAAGGUGAUGAAAUCGUUGGUGCACCUUUGUUGUCUGUCCAUUUCAUUUGAUUAUACCUCUGAUAUCGAUUGGCAACUUUAUUUGAA